AUGAUAAGGACGUCUUCCAAGGUGACAAUGGUGUCGUCCAGCCCCGCGAGGAUGGAGAAGCUGCCGGCUCCGCCGCUGGCGAGGCUGCUGCGUGGGGUCAGCGGCAGCCGCAGCCGCGGGAGGUCGUCUUCUUCCUCCGUUGCCCGAUCCAGUCCUCUGUUCAUGGCGAAGGCCGUCUCCGCGCAGGCUGUGGACCUCCGGGACCAGAAGGAACCCUCCUCCCCCAAGGUCACCUGCAUCGGCCAGGUCCGUAUCUCCAAGAGGACGUCUUCCUCAAAAUGUGGGUCCUCUUCCAGAUCGAAGCAGGGGGAUUUCGUCUGCAACCCCUUCUCCGGCAGAAUGAAGACCAUGUUCGGCCUCGGCCCUGCGCCGUCGUCCGCCGCUCGCCGUCGCCGGCCGGCACGCGGGUGGUGCCGGUGGUUCCUGCUGCCGCACCCCGGAUGCUACCGACGCAGGGAAGAGACCCAGCAGGAGCUGCUGCAGCAGCAGCAGCUUCUAAAGGAAGGUGGUCCGGGAGUGGGACCAGCGGAAGCUGAACAUGAAGGAGAGAAAGGCGAAGUGUUCGCUUCUGCAACUCCGCCGAAGAACGCGCUCUUGCUCAUGCGGUGCAGAUCUGCUCCCCAUCGACCCUCCGCCGCCGCCACCACCUUUCCCAACAAGCUCUGGGCCUCCCCGUCCAUGGCGGAGGGGCCACCCCCAAGUGGAAUGGGAACAAAGGAGCCCGUUGAUAGCUUUCCCGUAAAGGCAGACGGUGAACCCAGGGAAAGGGAAGGAGAAGACGAGGAUGCGGCGGCGGCGGCGGCAGUGGGGCCUUCCCCGUCCUUCUCGUCGCGGCCUCUGAUACUAAGCAGAUGCAAAUCAGAGCCGGCAUGGAGGGCCGCCAAGCUAUCGGCGCUGGAGGCUCACAACUCCUUCUGGAACGCAGCGAUAGCAACCAGACUAACCGCGCCGAGAGCAUCGACGGCGGCGAGAACCGGUUGA